CCAAACCCAAUCAGACCAUCGUACGUGGGCACUCGUUCUGCGCCUGUCAAUUUCGACACGCACCUUGACGGUCCUGGCCCGAUCUUUGUACUCUGCACCCCCAGAUUACGUGCUUGUUUAAGAAGGAUGGAUUUGGUCAACUCGUAUGUAAUCGUCCCUCGUCAUCUCACUCCUCCAUACCCCCCUCUCUUGCGCCGCACAACAUGGAGUACACCAACGGUACAAAUGGAGUCAACGGCACCAAUGGUGUGAUCAACAAACCGCGAAGUGGGAGUAGAACUCUGCCGUUCAUGACUGAUGUACUGGGAAACAGCUUGAAUGAUCGAUUGCUCUUCGCGGUCCCUAAGAAGGGCCGCCUCCACCAGGCAUGCCUUGACCUCCUUCACGGCUCAGAUAUCCAGUUCCACCGCCACUCGCGGCUUGACAUCGCGCUCGUCAAGAACCUACCCCUCGCUCUCAUCUUCCUCCCCGCCGCAGAUAUCCCUACCUUCGUUGGAGAGGGCCGUGUAGACCUCGGAAUCACAGGGCGCGACCAAGUCGGCGAGCACGAGGCCGUAGUGCCACCGACAGCAACAUCAGGUGUCGUCGAGGUGCUCGACCUUGAUUUUGGAAAAUGCGCUCUCCAGGUUCAGGUGCCGCAGAACGGCGCAUUGUCUAAGCCGGAGGAUCUGAUCGGAAAGAAUGUCUGCACAAGCUUCACCGCCCUUACUGAGGAAUACUUCCGCAAAUUGGAGGCGCAACAGGCCGGAACAGAGGUUAGCGGAGACGCGAAGUUGAAGACGAACAUCAAGUACGUCGGAGGAAGUGUCGAGGCAGCUUGCGCUCUCGGUGUCGCGGACGGUAUCGUAGAUCUCGUCGAGUCCGGCGAGACAAUGCGCGCAGCAGGCUUGAAGGCCAUCUCGACCGUCGUCAACACUUCGGCCAUCUUGAUCAAGUCAAAACACGCAUCAGACCCCAAGCUCGUCGACUUGAUCACAGCACGUAUCAAGGGUGUCAUCACUGCCCAGAAAUUCGUCCUUUGCACAUACAACAUCAACCGAAGUAAGCUAGAAGAGGCCAAGAAGAUCGCGCCAGGCAAACGCGCACCGACCGUCACGACCCUAGAGGAGGAGAACUGGGUCGCGGUGUCAGUCAUGAUCGAGAGGAAGAGGGUCGCAGUGGCUAUGGAUGAGCUGACUGCUGUCGGCGCCGAGGACAUCAUGGUUACGAAGCUUGAGAAUUCUCGAACAGGUUAGACGAAUCGCAAGAAGGAAAAACACUACAGCUUGAAAUAAAUAAAAUGUUGGACGUUUCUAUGGAGAUCUGGAGAUGCUUCUUUAAGGUAUUGGAAAAAGCAAUUUAGAACUGUAGGACGCCUUUGCAUAAUGAACAAU